GCACUUUUUCUCAGCUAAGUUACUUUUGCUUUGCUGCAAAGAGAUACGGUGUGGGGGGAUUUCUCCCUUUGUAACGGGAAAUGAGUUCUUCUGGUGGGACAGAAGGCAAACGGGGGCCCUUUUAUUUCUUUGAUCAGCCAGCAGGACGAAAUCGAGUUAAAGGAGAGCGAGGAAACAUUUUACAUUUGAGUGUGACAAAUGGAGGAGCGCAAUUCGAGGGCAGGAUACUAAGUAAUCCAGAGGAGAACGGAGGAAGGAAGGAAGAAGGCGAUAAACCUGGCACAUCGUCUGCUUUAAAUCUGAUCGGUUCGAUGGAGGCAUACAAGCAAGCAGCGCCUCAGUUAUUAAAUGAAUUGGCUAGCCUGCUUUGGCAGCAUAGGUGGACUGAUGAGAGGCGUCUUCCUCACGGGGUUGUAAAUAUUCUGAACUGCUCCUGGCACGAUCUGACUGCAGGGGCGCUGCGUUCAAGUCCCAAACUGACUGACAAGCUACCGAAAUCUGUGGGCUCCCCGAAGCUGCAGCAACCUCCCCGCCAGGUGUCAGCCAGCGGCCGGGAGGAAACGGCAGAGGAGAACCCGUGCGCUGCAGGAAGUGCUGGUUUCACAGGGAGAAAGUCGCAAGUCAAACUAAACCCACGUGUGAAAAAGAGCGAGCAAAGAUGCAGUAGAGCUCGCAGCUCCACGGCAGCCACUCCCUCCAUCUCAUCCAGUUUGAUCGCUCAGCCUAAUCAGGCCUCUAGUGAUGUGCCUAACAGGAUCAGUUUGUAUCAGUGGGUGGUGGAGAGACUGCAGGGAGCAAAAAAUCCCGAAAAACUGCCAACAACUGAGCUGGAUCCGAACGAACAGCUUAUCCUCCGUCACUAUGGGGAUGCUAACGUGACACGCAGGAGAAGAAAGGACCGUCCUUCCUCUUUAGUCAACGGGAUGCCACAGAUACCAGAAGUGAAACAGCGGGAUCCUGCCCAGCAAAAACUGCACUACAGGAUCAACGAUGGCUCCUCACUCAUAUAUUACCCAUCUGGUUGCAUGGCAGUGUGCCAGAGUCACUCAGGCCUGCCCUGCGGAGGCUUCUAUACCAAUGUGUUCACUGACAGCAAGUUUCCCACCAUCCUCGCGACUAUUACAGCGUUUGGGCGCGGGGCCGUCACACAUCCUCUCAGCUCAGCCAUCACAGCACUGUGGGAUCAGAACGGUGGAUUCAUGUGCGAUAUUUACGGAAACAAAACUAAGGAGUGGAGUUGGAAGACAUAUCACAGGGAAAAGAUUGCAAUACAGAUUUCUGAUCACGUGUCUGUGAGUCUGUUCAGCGGCACGUCUGCAGUGCUCACCUUCAGGUGUGAAAAUGAAACUGCCCAGCUUCCGCUUUCUGCUCGGUCUCACCUUAAUCAGCCAAAGGAAACACCUUAUUUGAAGACUCGGGAAACGUUUAUCUCUGAUGCUGCUCAAGACCUCCUGUAUCCCCCACUGACACAUAAGUCGGUGCGCUCUCGGGAUGCUCUCCAGAUGGUGAGAGAAGAGAAGAGGCAGGAGGAGUCGUCAGCACACUGGAAAAGAGGAGGUCAUCCCAGCGGGACACUGAUGAGGCUUCAGCAAAGAGUACACAAAACCGUGGAAGAUUGGUUGGACUGUUAUCGUGUGGCUGUCGGUAUCAAGUGUCCUGGCUCAGUGCGGAUGCCAGAUGCCCGACUGAGGACCAGGCCGAGAAAAGAGGCGCAGUCAGCUGCUCUGCCCUCCGUGAAGCUACCUGAACGAGUAAAUGCUAACCCAGUCCAGCCAGAGGAGAGCAGAGAUGAGUUUCGGGAGCUUCACGGGCACCUGUCGCCAUCGGCCGAAAGAGCGCCGGACUUUCCCGUUGUGCUGCCUAGGACACCUAAAAAGCCUGAAAAGAAGGAACGUGGAUUCACGCAGCUAGGACCUCUUCGGAUUUACGGGAGCAUCAAACCAGAGUCAGUGUCUCUUCCAAAUAAUCCCGAAUUGCAGAUGUCCGCCGUCACCCACCUUCCUGCAGUAGCACCGUUCCCCCCCUCUGUCCCCCUCACAGUGUGCCCGGAUCUACUCAGAGCGGCACUGCUGGGGGAAGGGCAGCGGAGGAGCUGCUGCUGCAGCACUAAACUAAUGCCGGUAGUGACAGACCUGGAGUAUGAUGCUUUCAUUAUGGGCCAGCCUCCACAGAGUCAACAGAUCCUUGUUGUGUGUGUGACUUGUCCACGUCAGCCUGGCGACAUGCACGCAACGCCCGGCCAGGACUCGCUGGAGUAUCUUUACAGGAGGAAGAAAAAACACAGAACAUCGCCUUGCACUCAGUGUCAGAUGGACUCUUUUCGUGUGGUGAGGUAUGAAAUAGAAAUGGAGAAUCCCUGCUACGAAUCCAAGAGCAUCCUGCUGCGCCAGCGACACAGAGCUGCUCCCGGCACGGUCCUGAUGUAUAUCAGAGGGAAGCUGCUGUUUGCGGGGUACAUAUGCAGCGAUCACAGCUUCUCAGCCAGGGUCCUUGAAAAGCAAAUCUCCAGAAGCAGAAGAGACUACAGAUUAGGUCUGAUUCUCCCGUCAGACUACAAGUUCAGUGAUUCUGUGAACACUCCUGCGGCUGCAGACACAGCACUAACCUGAGGCGAUGACAUCACACCGAGUCCUUCAGAGAAAAGGGAAACAGUGAAGGCAAUGUAAAGUUUUCAUCAACAUUUACGUGAAAUUCUGACGGAUUCCUCUGUGGAAUAAAAAAAUGAAACUGAAACAUAA